UUUAAAGCCGAAAGUUUUGUUCAGUGUACAUUCCGAAAACAAAAGCCGACCGAUUUUCUCGUUUUUCAACCCAAAUAAAUUUUGUUUUUCAUGAAUCCUAAAAGAUAUUAUGGACAAACCAAUACGCAAACCCUGGUGCAAAAACCUCUACGAGAACUCCGAGUACGAGGAUAAUUACACUGACCCUACAUUCCUGCAAGAUUUGAAAACGAACGUAAAUCUGCAGACGUAUACUUUCCAGGAAACAUUUCUGGGGGCAGCCCGUCUCAGUCAGCAGAUCUCCAAUGUUACGAUAUUUCUUAUAGUGUUUCACUACCUUUACACCGACGGCGUAAGUCCACAGAACAUCCUGAUCAAGGCUAUGGUCGGUACUAUCGUUGGAUAUUUUAUUUACGCGGGAAAGAACCUGCGUAUCAAUCACGUGGUAGAAGAUUCGAAAACGGCGUUAGCUGUGCUGAUUUUUGGGUACAUAUUUUCUCCCCUUUUACACACCCUGACGGACAGCGUCAGCACUGAUACGAUAUUCUCAAUGACAUUCCUGGUGUUGCUGUUGCAUUUGAUCUUUUUCGAUUACGGCGUGUCGGCGGCCAUCGUUUCCAAAGCCAUCUCGCUAAACGCAGCCAUCUUCGGAGCCAUCUGUUUAGCUUCGCGUUUGUCGUCCUCGUUCCAUGCGUUCGUUUUGCUGGAAGUGGCUGCCGCAUAUUUCGCACUCGGACCAAUUCUCGUUGGUAAGGUUUUCUGCCUGCCAGUCCUAUUCGGCACCGUCUCGGUUUGCUGUUACUUCCUUCUUCACAUUUCGAGCACCAUUUUCUGGACCUAUGUCUCGACGUUGGCUUUCGUCAAUGGGUUCUGUCCUUUUUUGUUCGUCCGGUUGCAACAGCACAAGAACAACAUCAACGGUCCCUGGGAUGAGGCUAUCGUUGGCGAUUUGAAACCGGAAAGUUCUUCCAAUAUUGUUAGUUAAGGCGUUUCCAGUAAUUGAUAUGUUAUCUAGUCAUUCGUUUUUGAGAAAUAAACUUUUUUCAUUCAUUUUUAUACAAUAA